CUGAAAAAAUGAACUGCCUAUUAAGCUACAAAACUUCAGCAGAUAAAAUCCAAUCAUUAACUCGGGUCUAUUGCAGCCGUUUUCUUUGUUAUAAGGGGAGCAUGAAGAAAGCAGACUCUCUAGGAAGUCAUAAAGGGAGUUAAAUCCUCCCUCAAUUUAAUAAAGCUGGAGGGCAAGGCGUACUGUUUGUCAUGGGUUUGUCACAAGCUAUAGAAUUACAGCCAGACCCAUCCAGAAGGCUGCCUGUUGAUUUUUCUAGAGCUCCCCAACACGCACUUUUGAGUUCAAAAUGGGCAGGAAAGGGGGGGAAAUGCCUCUGAUUGUAUAUUUCUUUCAAUCCGCUGGAGGAGUCUGACUAGUGACGGGAAAGUAGAAGCGAUCAGGGGAGAAAUUGUUUCAAAUGCAUUCUGAGAGGUCAGCUGAAGUCAGACUGUCAAACCAGUGAACUUCAUAGAAAGGGUUGGAAUGCUUUGCUACGGUUUUCAAAGGCAGGAGAAAAGUUCUGUUGCUUGAAUGAUGGACCCCACAAUCAAAUGUACUUCAUCCCAAACCUACUUGUGUUCCAAAACAGGGGAGAAGAAAUAGAAGCCUACUUUUUAAUCCCAGAUCUUGCUACUCCAGUGAAUGAAGUUCAGAGGAGAACAUAAAAGAAGUAUGAAGCCUGCAGGUACCAGCACAGAGAUUUCCUUGUUCAGCAAUAUCCUAUCAGCAUAUUCCUUCAUCACAGAAAACCCUGAACGAGCUGCCCUCUGUUUUGUGUCUGGGAUUUGCAUUGGACUUCUCUUGACUUUGUUGGCUUUAGUUGUCCAAAUCUCUUGUCAAACUGAUUGCAAACAGUCAUCAACCCAAAGGCCAUCAUGCAACAGUGACGGUAGUUGGAGUGACAGUGACUCAGAUACUACCUCAGAUCUGUCCGUGCGACGGCAACGUCGAUUUGAACGGACUUUGAACAUGAAUGUCUUUACUUCGGCGGAGGAGCUUGAGAGAGCGCAACGGCUGGAGGAAAGGGAGCGCAUUAUCCGAGAGAUAUGGAUGAAUGGCCAGCCAGAUAUUCCAGGAACCAGGAGCCUGAAUCGCUACUAUUGAUGGCAAUAAAUAGGACUGAACUCAUGGGGUCUAUUAAGUCUGAUGGGAAGAGGAAUGAAGUCCUACUCUAGAAAGGCAAUAUUUUCACUUUACCCUUUCAGUCUAAGGACAACCUUUUUCAAUAUUUUGCUCAGGUUGCAAAGUUGGGGGAAGGGGGCGGGUUUGUUUCUUCUCAAUGCUUUGGUUGCUACAAAUUGGAAGAGCUAAUGAGUGAUACACAAAAAGGUUUUCUCCUCUUUUCCUCCCAAGUAACUAUUCUAAAGAUAAGUAGCUUCUUCUUCUUUAGACUUCACUUUCAAAUUUGGUCCCCAAAAUGACCUUACAAUACAACGUUACUAAACUCCCUGCUCUACUUGAUGUUGCUGUUAAAAAAUGAAUGGGAAACUGGCAUGCUGCAAAGCAAGACAGUGAUCUCCCACAUUUCCCAGAUAAUUUAUAUCCAACAAGGUCUGGGGUCCUCCUAUAGAAAUCAGAGGGGUUCUUUGGAGAUAAAAUUCAAAAUAUUGGCGUUGGUGCUUUGUUUGCUGUCUGCUUUGUGAUUGGCCACAUUCACCAUGGCAUGGCAGCCAUUUCCUAAGAGUGCCUAUCUCUUCCAAAUUUCAGAUGUUUACCCAUUGGGAAAAAAGGUGGAGAACCAUUGUUCCACCAGAUCACUUUUUCCUCCUGCUGUUCAUAGCAGGAAUCAGAGUUCUGUUCCUCCUGUGCAGCUGAUGCCUUCUGGGGAAAGCAGGCAAGGCUCUGAUCAAAUGAAGGAGUGGGGUACGUCCCUCUCAGCUGUGCUCUAUAAAUCUUCCUCACCCUGCAGAUUUGCUGAAAUUAAGCUAUCCAUCUCCUUAAUUCUGACAAUCACUGUUCUCCCCUGGUUAACCACCAUCUUCACCAACAAUUUUUCUUGAAUUUUUAUUGGAAAUAAAGGAAUAUACUGUACAAGAUGAAAGGCUCACUUUAUAUUUGAUGAAAGGCUCACUUUAUAUUUUAGAAAAUGUGAGAUUUAUGGUUGGAAUCUUCCUCCGGGCACAUGUCUAAAAUAUGAAUUUUAACCUGCUUAAUGUUUUAAUAAUAACAAACCUGCUAGAUAUUAUGACUGCCCUUACCAACCAAAAAAGCAGAUCUAAAAUAAAAUAUACAGUUUCUGAGGUCUGUGAGAAGUUAUGGGCAAAGAACAUGAAAAGCCUGGAGCAAUCACUGGCAGCACUUGUUCAAGAGAAAGAAAGAUGGGAAAAUGCUAGCAAGCAUUCAUACUUGCCCAUAAGCUGUAAUUAACAAAGCAUCCAAGCAUGCCUUAAUAGAAGACAAUACCUGAUAAAAGAG